UUGUGCUUUGCGGAGCAGGAGAGAGUGGCGGUGGAUGAGUCUGCGGCGGACCUUUAUCACUCCCCACAAAAAAACACCAAAUAGACGCCGAAGAAGGGAGCACCAAAUCCAGCUGCACUUGGAGAUGACACCGGUGCACUAUGGAGCACGAUAAAUCCUAAACGGAAGCCAGCAGCAGUGGACGGUUCCGACGAUCAAGCGGCUUCUUUUAACAUCUGUAGAGCAUAAUGUGGGCAUCCGCUAUCCUCCCUCCGAGGCUUAGUUAGACGCAGAGUGACACUACUUAUAAAUGCGUCGCAUGUAGCCGUCGCUUUUACACGGAUAGACACGGCCUGCCCGCACAAAUCGAGGUAAUUCCUCCCCCAUGGCCUCCUGGGAACAGUGAAGUCAUUGGAGAAAAGGGAAAAGAGACUUAGUCAUCUCCAGUUGUGCUUAGGAGGGAAAAUCCACUUCCGAGCACGCACAGGACUCGCCCUGCUUUCCGGCCGUUUUUACGUCUUUACAUGCUCUGACCCCCUCCGCCACCACAACCACCCUCAAACCCCUCUUCCCACCUACCCUUGAGAGCGCCUCCUCGACCCACCCCCCUACCCCCCGACCCCCUCGGUUGGGCAUUAUCUGCGUUUUAAAGGAUGCCGGAUCAAAUAUCGGUGUCCGAGUUUCUCUCGGAGACGACCGAGGAUUACAAUUCCCCGACCACGUCCAGCUUCACCACCCGGCUGCAGAGCUGCAGGAACACCGUCAACGUGCUGGAGGAGGCGUUGGACCAGGACCGAACCUCCCUGCAGAAGGUGAAGAAGUCAGUCAAGGCCAUCUACAAUUCAGGACAAGACCACGUCCAAAAUGAAGAGAACUAUGCUCAAGCCCUUGACAAAUUCGGCAGCAACUUCAUCAGCCGGGACAACCCUGACUUGGGCACGGCCUUUGUCAAGUUUUCCUCCCUCACCAAGGAGCUGUCGGCCCUCCUGAAGAACCUGUUGCAGAGCCUGAGCCACAAUGUAAUCUUCACCCUGGACUCGCUGCUCAAGGGGGAUUUAAAGGGCGUUAAAGGGGACAUAAAGAAGCCCUUUGACAAAGCGUGGAAGGACUAUGAGGCCAAGUUCACCAAAAUCGAGAAGGAGAAACGGGAGCACGCCAAGCAGCACGGCAUGAUCCGCACUGAGAUCACCGGGGCUGAGAUUGCUGAGGAGAUGGAAAAGGAGCGUCGUCUCUUCCAGCUCCAGAUGUGCGAGUAUCUCAUCAAAGUCAAUGAGAUCAAGACCAAGAAAGGGGUGGACCUCCUCCAGAACCUGAUCAAGUAUUACCACGCACAGUGCAAUUUCUUCCAGGAUGGCUUGAAGACGGCGGAUAAGCUGAAGCAGUACAUUGAGAAGCUGGCGGCUGAUCUCUACAAUAUCAAACAAACUCAGGAUGAGGAGAAGAAGCAGCUGACCGCCCUGCGUGACCUCAUCAAGUCCUCCCUCCAGCUGGACCAGAAGGAGGACUCGCAGAGCAAGCAAGGUGGCUACAGCAUGCACCAGCUGCAAGGGAACAAGGAGUUUGGCAGCGAGAAGAAAGGCUACCUGCUGAAGAAGAGCGACGGACUGAGAAAGGUGUGGCAGCGGAGGCAGUGCUCAGUGAAGGGGGGCAUCCUCACCAUCUCUCACGCCACAUCCAACAGGCAGCCAGUGAAGCUCAACCUUCUCACCUGCCAGGUCAAGCCCAGUCCAGAGGACAGGAAGUGCUUUGAUCUCAUUUCCCAUAACCGGACAUAUCAUUUCCAAGCUGAGGAUGAGCAAGAGUUUGUCAUCUGGAUCUCGGUGCUGACCAACAGCAAGGAGGAGGCCUUGAACAUGGCGUUCCGUGGCGAGCAGACCACCGGUGGCGAAGACGGCCUGGAGGACCUGACCAAAGCCAUCAUCGAGGAUGUGCUACGCAUGCCUGGCAACGAAUUGUGCUGCGACUGCGGUGCCGCAGACCCAAAGUGGCUGUCCACCAACUUGGGCAUCCUGACCUGCAUUGAGUGCUCCGGCAUCCACCGCGAGAUGGGGGUCCACAUCUCCCGCAUCCAGUCAAUGGAGCUGGACAAACUGGGGACCUCAGAACUCUUGCUGGCCAAGAAUGUUGGGAACAGUAGUUUCAAUGAGAUCAUGGAGGGAAACCUGCCUUCUCCUUCACCAAAGCCCACCCCUUCCAGCGACAUGACGGUGAGGAAGGAGUUUAUCAACGCCAAGUACGUGGACCACAAGUACGCCCGAAAGACGUGUUCGUCCGCCGCGGCCAAAAUGAUCGAACUCUAUGAGGCGGUCCAGUCCAGGGACCUGCUGGCCCUCGUUCAGGUUUACGCCGAGGGGGUGGAACUCAUGGAGCCUCUCCCGGAGGCGGGGCCGGAAUCCGGAGAGACAGCACUGCACUACUCUGUACGGACCGCCGACCAGACCUCGCUGCACCUGGUGGACUUUUUGGUGCAAAACAGUGGUAACCUGGACAAGCAGACCGAGUGGGGCAACACGGCCCUCCAUUACUGCUGCAUGUACGAGAAGCCCGAGUGCCUGAAGUUGCUCCUGAGGGGAAAGCCGGCGACGGACAUCACUAAUCAGAACGGAGAGACGGCGCUGGAUGUUGCCAGGCGACUGAGGAACGCUCCGUGCGAGGAGGCGCUGGUGCAGGCUGCCGAGGGAAAAUUCAACCCUCACAUCCACGUGGAGUACGAGUGGAGCCUCAGACUGGAGGAGAUGGACGAGAGCGAUGAUGACCUGGAUGACAAGCCCAGUCCCAUCAAGAAGGACCGCUCCCCAAGGCCUCAGAGCUUCUGCCACUCAUCCAGCCUGUCGCCGCACGACAAGCUCUCGCUGCCGGGCUUCAUCAGCCAGCGGGACAAGCAGCAGCGUCUGUCCUACAGCGCCUUCACCAACCAGAUGUACAGCGCCUCCACUGACCUCACCUCCUCCCCUGUGGCCGACGGGCCGCCGCUGCCGCCCAGGAACCAGGGCAAAGCUCCUCCCCCAUCCGGCCCCACCUCUCCACUCACACCGGGAGGCAGCUCCACCCUGUCCAAGAAGAGGCCUCCGCCCCCCCCGCCCGGACACAAACGCACCCUGUCCGACCCGCACAGCCCGCUCUGUCACAGUAAAGGGGGCUUGUCCGGGGGUGAGACGCAAGCACACGGAAGCGACUCCACGCCUCCUCCCGUCAACAAGAUGUCUCCUGUUUCCAACAAGUUUGAAGGCAUUCCUCAGCAGCAAAGCUCUACUUCCAGCAACACAAAGUCCACACUUGGUCCAAGGGUUCUUCCCAAACUACCUCAGAAAGUGGCGUUGCGGAAGAUUGACACUAUUCAUCACCCUUCCAUGGAUAAACCAAGCCUCCAGCCAGAGGUCUUCCAAAAGUCCCCUCCGGGAACAGACACCCCGCAGAAGGCUCCCGCUCCGGACAGGCCCCAUGGCGACCUGCCCCCUAAGCCUCAGCCGUCCGAACUCCCCCCGAAGCCUGGAGAGCUCCCUCCCAAGCCGCAACUCUCGGACCUCCCGCCGAAACCCCAGCUGGGAGACCUGCCGCCCAAGCCGCAGCUCAAAGACCUUCCUCCGAAACCUCACCUCGCCGACAUCCCGCCCAAACCGGGACCGGGCGAGACGGCUGCCAGGGCGGUGCUGGGCGACACAGUGACUAGGCCUCAAACGCAACCGCCGCCCCCACCUCAACCUCAGCCUCAAGACUCGCCGUCGCCCAAUCCGCCGAACACGGCGCCGUCCCCGCAGCAGACCUCUGAGGACACCAACGGGACGCCGCCGGGGACCUCAGAGACGCCGGUGCCCCUCCCGAGGAAGAUCAACGCGGGGAAGAGCAAAGCGCGGCGCGUGAAGACCAUCUACGACUGCCAGGCCGACAACGACGACGAGCUCACCUUUGUGGAGGGUGAGGUGAUCAUUGUUACAGGGGAGGAAGACCAGGAGUGGUGGAUCGGUCACAUCGAGGGCGAACCAGACAGAAAGGGGGUCUUCCCCAUGUCUUUUGUGCACAUCCUGAGUGACUGACAGUCCCCCCCUAAAAAGCCUUUGCACUACGCCGCUCGUUCACUCUGUGGGGAGCUGCUGUAAAUAGCUAAAAAAAAAAAAAGACACCUCUUGUGGCAAAGAGAGUUAAUAAGAAUGGGGGGAAAAAGGCUCAUCCAUGCUGUACAAAGAAUGUGCGUAUUCUUCCUCCGCCAGUAUUAUCUUCACCCUACUACUAUUAUAUAGCACGGCCGCGACCAAGCCACCCUCCGCCCGCCCCCAGCACUUACCUAAAGUCUAUGUUAAUGCUGUUACUUUGUAUAUAAAUGUAUGUAAAUAUAUAUAUUUGUGUGUUUGUGUACAUACAAGAAAAAAUGUACCACAGUGCUCUCCAUAGUAUUGAACAUCAGGGCAGGAGAGUUUUAUCUGUAUUCAUUUGACCUGGGAGCAGGGAGGACACAAAGGAAUCUUGCAUCCUUGGUCACCUCAUGAUUGACUGAAGACCCCCCCGCCCCUACACACACACACGCUUCAUUAAAUGUACUCCCUGUUCCUGCUUGCUUUGUGUGUACACGUGUUCUGGUUGUUUUACAGUAUAGAAACCUGCUGCUAGCGUGUGGUGAAAUAUCCAAGCCUGUGGUUCACCAAUUAAACCUUUCCCAUCUCCCAUCAUGCACGGCGUGACUGGACUGCCCGGGGGCGGCCGGGACGCUCACCUCAGGGUUUGAAGAGCCACUAUAGAAGGCAUCCUGAAGCCACUAUUAUUAAGAAUGACCAGUAUUUAAACAUUUCAGCAAUAAACUGUCCACACAUUUCACAACUUGUGUUCACAGUUGAGUGUCUUGUAAGGAAAGGAGGAAAAAAAAAAAAAAAACCAUGAGCUUUAAUUUGAAUAUCAUUCCACAUGACUGGACUCAAUACUUGUAGAUGAGAUGAUGUAACGUCACCUGGUCCUCACUGAUGUUUAGGAAUAAAAUCAACCCAUUGUAUCAUUAAAGUGCUGUACUUCAA